GCGGAGGAUCGGUAUUCUGAGCUACUGAGGCACACAGGUGAAAAUGGCUUUAUAUGGGGCAGUAAUUCUGAGCCUUAGCUUGGUUCUUCUCCAGGUGUCACAGAUUGCAUCCAGCCCAGUGCAGUCGGAAUGCACCUUGAAACCACAUCAGCGGACUGACUGUGGCUUUGGCGGCAUCCCUAGGGAUGAGUGCAUGGAAAAAGGAUGUUGCUUCGACUCCAGCAUUUCAGGAGUCAUUUGGUGCUAUAAAAAUCCAACACUAAUGGUCCCAGAAACACCUAUAGAAGAAGUACAGGAGCCACAGGAAGAGCAGGAGCCACAGCAAGAGCAAGAGCCACAGCAAGAGCCACAGCAAGAGGAAGAGUCACAGGAAGAGCAGGAGCCACAGCAAGAGCCACAACAAGAGGAAGAAUCACAGGAAGAGCAGGAGCCACAGCAAGAGCCACAGCAAGAGGAAGAGUCACAGGAAGAGCAGGAGCCACAGCAAGAGCCACAGCAAGAGGAAGAGUCACAGGAAGAGCAGGAGCCACACCAAGAGCCACAACAAGAGGAAGAAUCACAGGAAGAGCAGGAGCCACAGCAAGAGCCACAGCAAGAGCAAGAGUCACAGGAAGAGCAGGAGCCACAGCAAGAGCCACAACAAGAGGAAGAAUCACAGGAAGAGCAGGAGCCACAGCAAGAGCCACAGCAAGAGGAAGAGUCACAAGAAGAGCAGGAGCCACAGCAAGGGCAACAGCCACAACAAGAGGAAGAAUCACAGGAAGAGCAGGAGCCACAGCAAGAGCCACAGCAAGAGGAAGAGUCACAGGAAGAGCAGGAGCCACAGCAAGGGCAAGAGCCACAACAAGAGGAAGAGUCACAGGAAGAGCAAGAGCCACAAGGAGAGCAGGAACCACAGCAAGAAGAACAUGCUUCCCAAGAGUCUCAAUCAGAGGAGGAUGAAGAAGUUUGUGAAACAGAGCUCUAAAAAAAUGCAAAAAUUCAUGGAAUGCUGUUGAAACUCAAGCUUCCGUAGAUCCACCCGUCUGACAGUCUUGACGUUUGCUGAUUUCUGAACUCAACCACUUCCACAUACUGAAUAUUAUCAUCUUGAAUGUCAUUAAUAAAACUCAGAUAUUUUAUGCAUUAUUUUUAUCAGUUCAGAAUUUAAAAUCUUUUAAAAACACAUACAAUAAAUGAGAUAAAUUGCACAAACAA